CCGUGCGUCUGAGCAAGGAAGAGGCAGGGCACGUUAGCCGAGGCUGCGGGUGUGGAGCUCAGACGGCAGGCAAAGCAUACGAACACACACAUUUCCACACACACAUGCUCAGUCAGCGCAAGUGACACAAGUGCUGGCUCCAUUGAGUUGACUGACUCACUGCUAUCCAUUAGCCGGCAUGCCGCAGAGAAAGAGGAGUUUCACUUUUGGAGCCUAUGGAGGAGUGGACAAGACUUUCUCCAAGGCCAGAAGCUUAUGGAAACAAGAUGGGAGUGACCCUCGGAUUUGUGCAACACUAGAGCCCCAGCUGUUUCAGCCUACACUCCCAUACACCACGUCACCAUUCCACAAGACUCCUGAUUUAUUUGCAAUGAUUGAAAAGAUACAGGGCAACAGGAUGGAUGAGCAGAGGUGCACCUUUCCUCCCCCACUCAAGACAGAGGAGGACUACAUUCCAUACCCAAGUGUCCAUGAGGUGUUGGGCAGAAAAAGCCCCUUUCCUCUUAUCCUCCUCCCGCAGUUUGGGGGUUACUGGAUUGAGGGGACUAACCACGACAUGAGUGACACUGUGGAAACAGAACAGCCGCAGCCUCAGUCUCCAAACACCCGCACCAAGCUGGAACGUAACACAACAGCUACGAUCUUCCGGAAACACUUCUUGGGAAAGGAACACUUUAAUUACUAUUCAGUGGACAGCGCCCUUGGACAUCUGGUGUUCUCUCUAAAGUACGAUGUGAUUGGUGACCAGGAACAUCUCCGUCUGAUGCUCAGGACCAAGCUGAAAACCUACCAUGAUGUGAUCCCCAUUUCCUGUCUGACAGAGUUUCCCAACGUGGUCCAAAUGGCCAAGCUCGUCUGUGAAGAGGUCAAUGUGGACCGCUUUUUUCCUGUCCUUUAUCCAAAAGCUUCAAGACUUAUUGUCACUUUCGAUGAACAUGUGAUAAGCAACAAUUUUAAGUUUGGGGUCAUUUAUCAAAAGUUUGGACAGACUUCAGAGGAAGAGUUGUUUGGCAACAGUGAAGAAAGUCCUGCCUUUGUUGAAUUCCUGGAGUUUCUAGGAGAGAAAAUUGAGCUGCACAACUUUAAAGGUUUCCGCGGAGGGUUGGACGUGACUCACGGGCAGACUGGCACUGAGUCUGUCUACUGCAACUACCGUAACAAAGAGGUCAUGUUCCACGUGUCUACAAAGCUGCCUUACACAGAUGGGGACACCCAGCAGUUGCAGAGAAAGAGGCACAUAGGGAACGACAUUGUGGCCAUCUUAUUCCAAGAGGAAAACACUCCCUUUGUACCGGACAUGAUCGCCUCCAACUUUCUCCAUGCCUACAUUGUGGUCCAAGUGGUGAACCCCUGCUCUGACAAUGUUCUCUACAAGGUGUCCGUGACAGCACGGGAUGAUGUACCUUUCUUUGGCCCGGCCCUCCCAAACCCAGCUGUCUUUAAAAAAAGCACUGAAUUUCAUGAAUUCCUUUUUACAAAGCUCAUCAAUGCAGAGUAUGCCUGCUACAAAGCUGAGAAAUUUUCCAAAUUAGAGGAACGAACGAGGUCGGCCUUGUUAGAGACCCUUUAUGAGGAGCUCCAUGUGAACAGUCAGGCCAUGAUGGGUGUUGCAGGAGAUGACGACAAACUGGAAAAUGGGAGUGCAGGAGGAGGGGGCUUCUUUGAGUCCUUCAAGCGGGUGAUCCGCAGCAGGAGCCACUCUAUGGAUGCCACGGGUCUUACUUUCAAGAAGCCACACACAUUCUCCACUAGCUUCAACAGCAGCUUUAACCACGAGCCCGCAGACAGCCCCAAAUUUCCAGGGAUAUCAUUGCUUGUCCCAGGCAAAAGUCCCAGUAAAUAUGGACGUCGAGGCAGUGCCAUAGGGAUAGGAACAGUAGAAGAGUCUUUGAUUGUCCCAGGGAAAAGCCCAACCAGGAAAAAGUCUGGUCCUUUCAGCUCCAGGCGAAGCAGUGCAAUUGGUAUUGAAAACAUCCAAGAAGUCCAUGAGAAGAGUCGAGAGAGCUCCCCAUAUACCCAGAAGACCCCUGACAGCGGUCACGUCUCUCAAGACCCCAAAUCUGACAACUCAUCCAAUCAGAGCUCCCCUGAAGUGCUUACAACCACCAAGAACAGUUCUUAUCUCGGUGGCAGGGCCCCAUCCAUCCCAGAGGGUCAUGACCUCUCCCGCUCCUCCUCCAACGCUAGUAGCUUCGCCAGUGUGGUGGAGGAGAACGAAACAGAGGCCACAGAGGACUAUGACACAGGCAUGGAGAGUCUGUCGUCUGCCGGGACACCACACAAGCGAGACUCCUUCCCCUACAACACCUGGCUAGAGGACAACAUUAGCAGCACCUGUACCAGCAGUCAUGGGAGCUCCCCAGGUGAGACAGGGCCUGGGAAACAUGAACGAGGGAAGGGGACAGAUGUCCGUAUUAAACUGGAACGACCACACGACCAUCAGUCCUCUUCGAACUGUUAACUCCACCCAUCUGGUUGUAUCCUGGAUCUCCAUCUUCAGCAUUCCCAUAAGUCACAAUCCCACUGGGAGGUGAGACAAGUGCAGGCGUUUGCCAUGACCAAUGAGGAGGAGGACAAAGAUGAGGAAGAUGAGGAAGACUAGAAAAGGCAGGUGGAGCCUGGCCAGUCUGCUGCAGGGUGCAGCAUACCCAGAAACAUGGAGGACAAUGGGGAGGAGGACACACAAAGAGGAGCCAGAUUUUGCACAGUGAUGUUUCCUUCCACUCUUUUCUUUUCCUGUUCUGUUGCUUACAUGUAGGUGUAUGUUUUUCUUUCCCACACCAUUUGUUUCAAAAGAGCACCUUUUCUAUCUACACCUUCCACGGUUUUAUUUGUAAGAGUUAUCACUGUGGUUUAUUUUGUCUUGUUGAAGCCCAGGUUUGCUGGCCAUACAGGGUAAAGACAGUGCCAUUGAGCUCUUUGUAGUCAUUCUGAGAAGGACUUUUGCUAAAACAUAGAGAAGAUAAUUGCCUGGAUGGUUUCACCAAAUCAACAAAGGUUUCGGCUCAAUAAAGAUCUCUUAUGUAUACAUAAUAUAAAAUAUUCAACAUCAAAGUUGGAUAUAUUUUAACAUCUAAUGUGAUAUAGAAUUGAGAUCUUUUGCAUGCUGUUAACUGUGAUUACUUUCUUGGUAAGAUAGGAAAAAUAGGACUGUAUAGUUGCAGCAAAACAAUUGUACUCUUUCCUUUUACAAGAUCAGAUAUCCAACUCGACACCAAAGGACACAGUGGAGAAAGCAAUGCAUCGCAGAUAACAUGGCCUUAAAACUUAAACAUGCAAUUUCUUUGUCCCUCAGAUUUAUUUUACCUCACUUGUUUAACUCGCUUGUUCUGCAGCUAAUAAUGGGAUUGCACUAUGAGAUUAACUGUAAAACUUCUAUCUGCUUUGUCCGUCUUGUUUGUUGGUGAAGAGACCAGUCUCUUCAUUAUGUUCACCUUUUCUUCUCUGUAAUAUAUGUCUUUAUUUAUUGAUUUGGUUCCUGUUGCACUGGCAUUUAUAGCAUACAUCUGUUAUCCUGCAGCUCUAUGGUGACUACAUUCAGCAUCCUGCCAUAUGCUUCUACUGUAUUUGUUGCUUUGGAGUAAAUUAUAAUGUUAUCAUCUGUAAAGCUCGGUCUAUUUUAAGGGCCACAUAUCUUUCAGUGCAGUCUAUUUACAGUGCAAUUAUAAUAAAACAGUGAACAUUUAUUUGCUUUUAAUGUGAGAAAAUAACUCUAAAUACAACUACUGAUUUUGUAAAUACCUAUUAAGUUGGAUGACAGUGUAAAAUGUAUAGGUUAUUGAUUUAAAAUGGGAUUGACCAAUACCUUAAAAUUACUGCCAAGUUGACAAUAUAUUGUUUUAUUUCUUGUACCUUUACUUUAAUAUUAUUUUAAGAGAGUUUUGUAGGAGAGAUAUUUUAAAAGCUAUUCAGACUAUACUGUAAAAGGGAAAUCUCACAGUACAUCCUGCUGAUCAUUUCAGUUGCCUUAUCACAAACUGAUGGUGUAAGUACACAUAGUGAAGCUAAAAGUUAACAGCCAGCAGGAUUUACAAUGAAAUGGAUGUUUUGUUGUUGUUAUUUUUAUUGUAAAUAAAUGCCCUGAGAACUUUA